CGAAGUGUCUGAGCAGGUCUUACUGUUUUUGUUUUGGCGCCUUAAAAAGCGAACGCGUCUUGAGAGAUUCCCCUAGUUCCCAAAAAAUAUAUACCACUGGAAUCAUGGCCCACCGCUUGGAGACCAAGUACGAGAACCUGAGCAGCCACUACCGACUGAAGGGUCACGACUACCAGAAACAGUUCUGUCACCUAUACGCCCACCGCCUGGCUGAGAUGACGCGCCUCCUCACGCCGUUGGCCCAGAAAAAAUGGGGCAAGCAGGAGCCCAUCAAGAAGCUGUGCGAGCUGCGGGGCGAGCAGGACAUUCACUGCAUCCUCAUUGGCACCAUCUACAAACACCAGGCUCAUAAGCCCAGCAUUCUGCGGGACAUAUCCGAGGAGAAUCAGCUAGCGCCGCAGCCGCCGCGUCAAAACUACUCGGAGCCGGAGGACAAGGUGGUGCUGGAGGACGAAUUGCAGCGGGUGCGUCUCCAGGGAGAGUUCAAGGGCCAGCUAAUGGCCACCGGCGUUGUGUGCGCCGUUCUCGGGGGAACCGACAGCGAAGGCUUCUUUAACGUCGAGGACAUUCUCUUCUACGAGGGUGGACCGCAGAAGCCGCUGACCACAGCCAAACAGAGCCGACUGCUUGUGCUGGUCUCCGGAUUGGAUCAACUGCAGGCCCAUACCUUUGCGGAUGCCCUGAACCUCUUCCAGUACUGGCUGGCCGGAAGUCUGGGAAAUGGAAAAGAAGCCAGCUCGAUGGUGCGACUCAUUGUGGCCGGGAACUCAGUGCGUGCCAGUGCCAUGGCCUAUGUGCCCACACUGCAAGUGGCUCGCACCCAGGCCAAUGCUAAUGACACUGUCCAGGCCGUCACCCAGCUGGACCAGUGGUUUGCCUCAUGGGCACGCAGCCUGCCCGUGGACAUUAUGCCGGGAGCCUACGAUCCGGCCAACUUUAUGCUGCCACAGCAGCCGUUCCACAAAUGCAUGUUCCCGCUGGCCGGUCAACUUGCCUCCUUUCAGGCGGUGACCAAUCCUUACAACUGCCGUUUGGAUGAGGCCAUGGUGGUUGGAACAUCGGGCCAGAAUGUAUCAGAUCUGCUGCGGAGCACUUCGUUGGACUCGGCACUGGAGGCUCUGCGCUGCACCCUCACCUGGGGCCAUGUGGCGCCCACUGCUCCGGAUACGCUCGCCUGCUACCCGUACAUCGACAGCGAUCCGUUCAUCCUGCGCGAGUGUCCGCACGUGUACUUUGCCGGCAACUGCGAGUCCUUCGAGACGGCACUGCACGAGGGCGCCCAGGGCAAGCGCACGCGCCUGGUGUGCGUGCCCAGCUUCAGCCGGACGCAGAGCGUGGCCGUGGUCGAUUUGGACACUUUGGACUGUCGCCAGGUCAACUUUAAUGUAGAUGCAGAAUAAAAGCAACAAUUAAGAUAAAUAAAUGCUGGUUAAGUCUGA